AUGGACGUCGCCGCCGACACUGUAGCUCGCCACACGUCGUUUGGUGUUGACGACCUCCCGCCAGAGGUACUCUCUACGAUCUUCCAACUCGCGGUGGGCCACAAAGAGCCUUCGAUCUUUUGGAACGGUCAUCAUAAUUGUAUCGACCUCUCUACGAAGUCUUUGGUUCGCCUCACGCACGUCUCGUGCCGCUGGCGCUUCAUCGCUACCUCAACGCGUCUCCUCUGGACCAACGUUCAGCACUCUCUCGACCAUCCCUUUUCGAAAUCCCGCCAUCUCUCAUCGCUAUAUAUCACCCGUUCUUCCCCAUGUCUACUCGAUCUAACGCUAUCUAUACCUUCAUACUGCGUCUAUCCGCAUCUCCGUUCUGCUUUGAAUUCUUUAUUGGACCAGUUCGGAAGGGUGCGAUCGUUGAAGCUUGAUUUGGGACUGAAGUUCGGAAGAGAGCUCGCGCUGGAAGAAGUGCUCCGAUGGUUAGACACGAUUCGACCACCAUCACUCGAGGCCCUGGAGCUAUACUCGUCCGAGACUGUUGGGUGUACGUCCACGACGGCGCCAAGGUUCUCCACUCGCUCGUACGAUUCGCUUUCACGCCUCUCUCUCCGGAACGUCGCGUUGAACUGGGACCGCUCCGAGCUCAGCGAGCUUUCUAUACUCGAACUCGACUACGCCUCCGAGGACGACGCACCGAGCUUCGAUGAGCUGCGUGCUAUUACGCGAUCUUCACCGGGACUGUCAAAACUUCUGUUGGGCGGUGCGGGCUUGCGGAUGAUGGAGCGGAGAGUGAACGGGACAAGUGGAGCAGACGUUGUAGAGGAGAUGGACGGCGUUGAAGUCGGAGCGUUGAGAAGUCUGGAGGUUUCGCUUUCGCAAGGACCGGAGUACACUAUGCGACUAUUCGACUCGAUUCGUGCGCCACUCUUGGACUCCCUCACGGUCACCAACGCCACAACAGAAGCAUGGACCUUGUUCCUCGCCAGCACCACCUCCGCGUUCCCCAUCCUACCUUUCUCUAACCCACAUUCCUAUACAUAUGCACCUACGUUCCCGCACCUCGAAACGCUCACGCUCCGCGAUACCCCAACACUUAUCACACCCGACUUCACCGCGUCCACACCUCGUUUAUCCAAGAUCGUCCUUUCGUGCGAAGAUUAUACGGACUUGGCGAGAUUUUUGGGUUGCGUCUCUCCGGAGAAGGUUCGAGUCGCUGAAGCUGGAAUAUGUGGGAAGAGUGGUGCUAGCGGAAUAAGAGGUGGUUUGUGGGUGGAGUUGAGGGAGAUUGUGGCCCUGAGAAAGGGUGUGGCGAGAGAUGAUAUUGGUGCGGGUGUGGAUAACGGGUUGGACGGAUUGAGGGUUGCGUUGGCGAGGCGGCGGUUCAGUGGGUUGGGAGAGGUCGUGUUGACUGUCGUUGAUGGUGCGGACGGUGGUUUAGAUUAG